AUGCGAGAUCUCGCGACGAAACGCAACGAAAAAUGCGGUUCCUCUUUGAAGCUGGAGUACGGGGAGGAGACAUGGUACGACAUAUUGGAGGCGGCGGGAGCGGCCCGGAACAUCAUAUUUUCCACUCACAAAAUUUAUCCGGACGACUUGAUCGCGAAAAUCGGGAUCGCGUGCGCGGAGAUGACAGACGGAACCGCGAAGACCGAAGACUUUCUCGAGUUUUUCGGUCGCUGCUUCGUCAGGCAAGUACAGUAUUGGAGUCACUACGGCUACGACAAGUUCGCCCAUGCGACGGGAAGGUAUUACAGGGAUUUCCUGAAAGGCAUCGACAACAUACACCAUCAGAUGAGGUUCAGUUACCCGAAGAUGCUGAGUCCGUCGAUGUACUUGGCUCAGGAGAACGCUCAGGGUGCCAUCUUGCAUUACAAGUCCAAAAGACGAGGGUUCGCACCGUACGUGAUGGGACAGUUGACGCAGGUGGCCAAAGACUUCUACGAGAUCAACUUGGAGAUCGAGGUCGUGGAGGUGAAGGAGCUGAAGAGGCUGAAUCAGAUCAACACCAUCUUCGCCCUCCGGUUCGACAACCGCGGUUACGUCCAGGAGAUUCGGAACCAGUUGAUGAGCCAGAAGGCCGUGAGUCGGUUGCCCCACGUGAGAGGAAGCGUCGUCCUCAGCCUCUUUCCCUUCUCCGUCGUCUUCAACAAGGAUCUUCAGAUCGUGGACGUGGGGAUCAAGUUGAAGGAGAUCCUCGGCUCGGCCAUCAUGUUGGAUGCCCCCGUCUCCAACUUCUUUGUCAUUCGACGUCCUCGCAUGGACUGGGACUGGGAUUCCUUGUUGCAGUUUCGGGAGGUGAUGUUCGAGGUGGAGGUGGUGCAUUAUAAGGAGAGACGGUUGAGCCACGAAAGUUCUGGAGGAGGUGGAGGAGGCGGAGGGGAAGGGUUGAGUGUCUUCGACGGUCCUGGGUUUCGCAGAAGAGCGUCCAUGAUCAUCAAGGCAUUGGACGUCGCUCACAUCCGACCCUCAAAUCACAUUCACAUUCAGGAAGACGACGGCGACGGAAACGAGAAAUCCUCCCUCCUACUUCGCGGUCAGAUGAGGUUCAUCAACGAGUGGGAUGCCAUCACCUUCCUCUGCAUGCCUCUGAUAGGAGACCUUCAGGAGUUGCAGGAACUGGGGCUGUACCUAACGGACCUGAGCAUGCACGACCUGAGCCGAGAGAUGGUCCUUGCCGGCUGGCAGCACAAUUCCAGACUGGAAGUGUCAUACGAGAAGCAGGAAGAACGAAGUGCGAGAUUGGAGGAAAGCCUGAAUCUACUGGACCAGUGGAAACAACGAAGCGACGAACUCCUUUAUUCCAUGAUUCCCCAGAGCGUGGCCGAUAAACUCCGCAACGGAGACGAUCCCAUCAAUACUUGCCAAAGCUUCGAUGCGGUGACGGUGAUGUUCCUGGAGCUCCUGUUGCUGACCGAGGAAUCUCCGAUGGAGAUGGUGACCUGCAUGAAUACCGUCUUCUCUCUCCUCGACACCAUCACCGACGAGCACAACGUCUACAAGGUGAGUUUCAUGCAAUACCCGAAUACCAGUCACCCGUUUCCCAAGAGAAAAAACGCUGCUAUCGUUCCGAGUUCGACGUGCAUCAUUUACUGCAGAUGA